AUGCUCUUCGACAUCACUAAAUCAUUUGAAAUGUGUUCUCUAUGGAAAGAAUGGACUUUCCAGGUAGCGAAGGUGACCGGUGGAGCACCAGCAAAGUUGUGCAAAAUUAAAAUCGUAAAGAAGAAUAUAGCCCGCGUUCAUACGAUCAUCCAUCAAACUCAGAAGCAAGAGCUCCGCAAGCUGUACGCGAAGUCGCAACACAAACCCAUCGAUCUUCGUAAGAAAAAGACUCGUGCUAUCCGACGAAGGCUGACGGCUCAUGAACAAAGUCUCCGCACGGCUAAGCAGCUGAAGAAGCAGAGAGCUUUCCCUAUGCGUAGAUACGCUGUUAAGGCUUGA